AUGUCUCCAAUGUUGAUGAGAGUUGUUGUUCAUAUUUCUCUUGUUUUAUUGCUUGUAGUUUCAUCUGAAGCAUUUUUCAAACGCAGUACAGUGCAUAUAGAGGUCACCAAUCGUUUAUCUAAUUACAAUGAUUUAAUCCUUCAUUGCUACGAGAGAGAAGGAGAAGAUCUAGGCGUGAAGAUACUCCUACCUUUGGAGAAAUUCGAAUUUUCUUUCAAGCCAAGAAUGGGUUUUAAAUCGAGCAAGUAUUAUUGUAGUGCUAAAUGGGAUGGUUCCGACAUCAAAUGGUUUGAUUUGUGGUCAAAAGGAAGAGAUGGUAGAGAAGGCUUACAAAUCAAAUGGGAUGUAACAAAUAAUAAAGCUUGUAGGUUUGCACAAGAUACAGGAACUUAUUCUGUUUGUGUUGUCUGGAACUAA